GCGGAUGGGGCCUGGUGGUAUUAAAGCAAUGUCGCGGGCUCAUGACGUCCUCUUUCCCCGCUACCCGAGAGGAGGUUUUGAACUUUAACUCCAACAUCCAAUAAAAUCAACAAUGGCCGAGGAAGGCGUUGCCGCUGGAGGUGUCAUGGAUGUCAACACCGCUCUCCCUGAAGUGCUGAAGACCGCGCUCAUCCACGAUGGUCUCGCCCGUGGGAUCCGUGAGGCUGCCAAGGCCUUGGACAAGCGUCAGGCCCAUCUCUGCGCACUUGCGGCCAACUGCGACGAGCCCAUGUACGUGAAGCUGGUGGAGGCCCUCUGCGCCGAGCAUCAGAUCAACCUGAUCAAGGUUGAUGACAACAAGAAACUCGGGGAGUGGGUCGGUCUGUGCAAGAUCGACCGUGAGGGCAAACCCCGCAAGGUGGUGGGCUGCAGCUGUGUCGUGGUCAAGGACUAUGGCAAGGAGUCUCAAGCCAAGGAUGUGAUUGAAGAAUACUUCAAAGGCAAGAAAUAAGGUGUCAAUAAAAUUUGGAAAUUAAGUUAUUGUCUUAAGUGUUUUUUUUUUUUCUCACCUUUUUGGAUAUUGGACUGACUACUGUCAGGGACUAUGAAACCAUGUUUGGAUAUAUAACUGUAUUUAAACUUGUUCUAGACUAUACUGUUCAUGGAACUGAUAAAGUUUGUAUGAGUCUAAAUUGUGAGAUGUCAGAUUUCACGCACUAAUAAAUAUAUUAAGUACA